AAUUUGCAUGUCUCUUUCUUUAUUUUUUAACUUCAAAGUGGCAAAGCUUGCGCCUCUUAAUCCCUUAUCUCUCUUCUGUACAAGUACGCCUCCCGUGAUUUACGAGGUGCUCAAGAUUCACUUCCGCAUACUUGUCUGCUUAAACAAAAGAAUAUCAACCGUUUUUUUUCUCAAUUAAAUUUAUUUUUUAUUGAAAUCUGAAUUAUGAAAUUCUUAUAUUCUUCCCUAUUACUACUGUCUAUUCUACAAUUGGUCCAAAAAACUACUGCCUAUUCGUUUCCCAACACCCAUAUAGACUGGUGCAUAUACUUUCAAAGGCUCCAAAUCUAUAAGCCCGAGUGCAAAUUCUAUGAUGACGUGGAUAUUCAUGUUGAAAAAGAGAUUAGAGCCAAGCCAAUCUCCAGGCCCUUUGCAAAUUCAUUGAUUGUGAUGCAAAUGCAGCAAUGCUCUGCCCAUUACAUGUACUGCACUCCAAAUUAUCAGUGCGGUGAAGGGCAGCUGCGCUGCAUCGACAUGACUCGAUAUCGUGAGUGUUGUGCUCCAACGCGUCGGCAAUGUCCACCAGUCACUCAUCUCAACUUCCGAUGUAUCGUCUCUGAGCCGGUCAGCUGGUGUGACAAGGAUUCUGACUGUCACACGACACCUCAGCAAAGUUGUUGUCCGACAGGUUGCAAUUAUAAUAUUUGUAUUUGAUAAUUAUGUUGUAUUUAAUUGUAUGCAUACAUUUAAUAAAUAUUAUUUAA